UAUUGGCUGUUGCAUCUACUUCUACUACACAAAACUUGGAACAUUCCGAAGAUUCGGACGGGGAACAGAUUUUGUAUUCUGAAAUCAGCUUGCCAGUGGUUCUCGGCUCUAAAACAAGUUCGAAAAGAGGUAGAAAGAAACUGAUAACACCUAAACUUGUCGCAGCUUUAGACCGUUGUCAGUUGAGCAUUAGAGACUCCGUUUACAUUCUUCAUGCGGUUGUAGAAGCGCUUGGUCUGAGCAGUGAUGAUUUCCCAAUUAAUAAAUCCUCGAUUCAGCGAAUUCGUACUCAGAUGAGAAAAUCUAGGGCAGAAGCAAUAAAAACUGAUUUUCAGAACAAUGUUCCUGAUGUAGUCACAGUCCAUUGGGAUGGAAAACUAUUACCAGGGCUGAAUGUGCGAGUUUCAAAAGAAGAACGCUUGCCAAUUAUAGUUUCAUUUGACGACAAAGAACAGCUUCUUGCAGUACCAAAACUGGAGAGUUCUUCUGGUAAACAUCAAUCAAAAGCCGUCUCAACCGCCCUUUGUGACUGGGAUCUUAAUAACAAGGUACAAAUAAUGUGCUGCGACACCACAUCUUCGAAUACUGGACGUUACAAUGGAGCUUGCGCUCUUUUAGAACACACUUUAGAAAGAGAAUUGUUAUUGUUCGCUUGUCGUCAUCAUGUUUAUGAGUUGGUCUUAAAAACUGUCUUCGAAACCAAGAUAAAGCACAUUACUAACAGCGCAGAUAUUCCGCUCUUUAAGAAGUUCAGAGACAAUUGGAAAAACAUCGAUUCAAAUAAAAUUGAACUAUGCCUUGAUUUCGUUAAAGAAUAUGUUGCUGAGACAAAUAUUACAUCUUUGAUAAUGUUUUAUAAAGCAGAACUGGAAAAAUCUUUCAUAAGAGACGAUUAUCGUGAAUUAGUUGAACUUUGCGUAGUGUUUCUGGGAGGAGAUACAAACAAGAAAAUAAAAAUCAGGCCCCCUGGAGCUAUGCAUCAGGCACGGUGGAUGGCAAGAGCGAUUUACUCUUUAAAAAUAUGUUUGCUGCAAUCUCAAGUCAGAAUGAUUGUAAAAGACAAAAGGGCCCUACAAGAUGUUUGCCUAUUUAUCGUCACAUUGUAUGUAAAGCCUUGGCUUGAAUGCACAGUGGCGAUUAAAGCACCUAACUAAGAUUUGUACUUCUUGAAGGCAUUAAAAGAGUACGAAAAAGUUGACACAACAGUUUCAAAAGCUGCUUUAAGCAAGUUCAGCCACCACCUAUGGUACUUGUGUGAAGAGACAGUCAUUUUAUCACUGUUUGAUAAUGAGGUUGAUAACCAAACCAAAAUGAAAAUGAUUGAAAACUUAGACAGGGACAAGAGGUCAGAUGUUGGCAAACGCUAUAUUCCAUCAAAGGAAGAAAUGUCCCAAACGUUGUUUGAUAAAACGCUGGAUGAUUUUGUAUCGGAGAAGAGCAAACAAUUUCUAACUCGACUGCAGAUUGACGACAGUUUUCUUCAGGAAGAUAUAUCUUCUUGGGAUGAUAAUGCUGCUUUUCUGAAAGCUAAAAGUAGGAUAAGUCGGUUGAAGGUUGUAAAUGACACUGCUGAGAGGGCUGUCAAAUUAAUGCAAGAUUUUCAAGGACUUAUCACGGCGGAAGAAGAACAAAAACAAUACCUGUUGCGCUGUGUCAACGAACAUAGACAUUUAUAUCCGGACUGUAAAAAAACCACACUAAAUAGAAGUUACCCUGCCUGAUUGUUAUUAUUUUAUGUGUUUAAAUAAAUAUAAAUAUUACAAUAAAUUCAUUUUCCAUUUUAUUCACU